UUUUAAGUGUUUGAUAAAAAAGUUUGAAAGUUGACCGUUCGAUUCGAAGCAAUUUUUGAGUAUAAAUGGGUAAUUUUGAUAUAUUGAGGAAUUAUGAGAACUAAAAAUUAAACUUGUGUGUUCUACGAAGAAAUAUGACACCGAAUUUCCAAUUAUUGAUAACGCUCGUCCAGUUGAACUUUCAAUUUUAAUUUCCAUCAAAAGUUCAUCAUCAAGUAAUUGUUCGUUGAACGUAAUGUUUGUAUUGUGAUCUCAAACCAUGUUACUCUAGCUCAGGCUGCACUCGAAGCAUCUGUUCGAAUGUCGAACUCAUCUACGAAGGAAGAAUCAGAAUCAGAAAGCAAAACCGGUGUAAAUAUUUGGAUGCCGGUAUAGCAUAUCGUAUCUGUAACUCAAUAACCGAACCACUACCACUGGUCGAAUUGUUUUGGAUCGAGAAGAAGAGACAGAAUGGUUGAUUUUCGCACCUGUCGUGAUUUUGUGAUAGUCACCUUCAUUGGUGCAUUACAUCUGAUAUCCUGCCCAUUCACCAAAGUCGAAGAAAGUUUCAACAUGCAAGCGAUGCAUGAUAUGUUGUACCAUCGACAUAAUUUGACCGAUUAUGAUCAUUUCGAGUUCCCAGGCGUUGUUCCAAGGACAUUCAUCGGUGCUGUUUCGGUAUCACUCUUGUCUUCGCCAGUAUUCGUAAUUCUACGUUACUUGAAUCUGUAUAAAUUCGCAGCUCAAAUUUUAGUGCGAUCAGUUCUGGGACUUAGCGUUAUAUUAUCUUUUCUGAAGUUGAAAGACACAGUCAGUCGAGUUUUCGGUCAAACCACCUCUACUUGGUUCAUGUUCAUCACUAUUUCUCAAUAUCAUUUCAUGUUCUAUCUGAGCAGGCCUUUACCAAACAUCAUGGUUCUUCCUUUAGUGCUGAUAGCAUUUCAUGCAUGGAUCCGAAAACGUUAUACGUUGUUUAUAUGGUGUUCAGCAGCCGCAGUUAUUAUUUUUAGAGCCGAACUGGCCAUGUUGUUUGGAUUAUUGGCGUUAUUCGAGUUGUAUUUUAGAAGAUUGACGAUAAAAAAACUGAUUACUACUGCUGUGCCAGCUGGAUUAGUCUGCGUUUUGUGUACUGUGGCGGUGGAUUCGUUCUUCUGGAGACGGUUGAUUUGGCCAGAAGCUGAAGUUUUUUGGUUCAAUACGAUCCUUAAUAAAAGUAGCAAUUGGGGUACUUCGCCAUUUUUAUGGUACUUUUAUUCAGCUAUACCCAGAGGUCUUGGAAGCACUGUGUUUUUGAUUCCAUUUGCCGCAUUGUACGAAAAACGUGUCCGCCGUUUAUUAAUUCCUGCCGUUGUAUUUGUUCUUCUAUUCUCAUUCUUACCCCAUAAGGAACUACGAUUCAUAAUCUACACGUUUCCUUUAUUCAACAUCUCCGCUGCUAUUUUAUGUGAUCGAAUUUGGAAUUGGACUUUCACGUCGAAUUUGUACGCAAUUGUAUUCAGAACCGGCACCAUAUCGCAUUUAUUCGCGAAUUUCGCCUUUUCCAUGCUGUUGUUGAGGAUAGCUUCGCAUAAUUACGCCGGUGGAAUGGCUAUUUCAAGAUUACAUGGGCUAGAGGAGUCGCAUAGUUUGGUGAACGUGCAUAUUGAUAAUUUAUCCGCCCAGACCGGAGUUACCAGAUUUACCCAACUCAAUGACAGAUGGAGGUACAAUAAAACUGAAAAUCUAUCUGCCGAAUCGCCAGAAAUCAUGUCCUUUACUCAUCUUCUGAUCGAAGGCCGCAACAAGUAUUCGCCUUCUGUGAAACCCCUGGUUGAUAAUACGCACCGAGUAUUGGACAUCGUCGAAGGAUUUUCACAUCUGACGUUCAGUUAUCGUUCAUUGUGGCCAGUUAAAAUUAAAACGAAACCUGUUAUAUUGAUCUUGAAGAAAAUCAAUCGUCUUUCUCGUAAACACGAAAAAACAACUUGAUUCUAUUGUACAUAAUAUGUAAAUAUCGUUGCAUUUAUUUUGUUACCAUUCUAAUAAUAUUAUAUUGUUGAAUACGAAUAAAAUUCCUAUAUUGGAAAGGAACUGAUUAAAAUUUAUGUAUUAGAUUGAUUCAA